AUGCAGUGGGCAUCUUAUGGAUCGGCCUCGAUGCCGUUUGAGGCGGCCUAUGAACGGAUUAUGGCCGAGGCCGCGAAAAACAGCGCUAGCUCGUCUGAGGCUGAGACGGCACGAGAUGGCUGCCUGUUGCAGCAGAUUCAGUUUGACGCCCCGAACGGCAUCAAGACAGCUUGGGGGCCUAUGCACCCACUCAGACAGCAGGAUGACUGGGACAACCCGGACUACGAUGACCAGGAGCAGCGGAAGGCGGCCAGCGCAAGAGCCCAAGUGCAAGAUCGCAAAGAGAGCGAGGCCAACGGUGCUGGUGAUGCUCAUGUGUAUGCCAGUGCCCGGCUUGGCCUCGCUUGGCCUCGCUGCCUCGCUCGGCCCCCCAUCACGCGAUGGAUCGGCGAAUCUCAGGUCUUCGUUGUGAGCAACUCGCACGGUGACCUGACGUCCGCUGCAUUCGGAGCCAGCAGCGUUUUCGACAACUACAGGCACAUGAAGGAAGGCAUCGCGAACCGAUCUCUGUAUGAAGAAUCCAUCCUCAAGUAUUUCUACUACCAUAACUGGUUUGCAGGCCGUGCGGGCUGUGAUGGAGACUCCUUCUGUCCCGCAGUUUUUCUCAGCCAUGUUUUUUGGGUUGGGUUCGCUGGCCGCGGCAAGACGUACGAUGAACUUCGGAACUACACCGCAGAGGCCAGGCUGCAGAAAGACGUCGUGGUCGCGUGGGAUGCAGCCGUGGCAAAACAAGAUCUCAAUUAUGUCUAUGUUAUGGGGAGCUUACCAGCACAGGCACAAGACUUGCUCAGCUCUGACUGGGACAUCGAGUGUCAGUUUGGUGGUUGGAACCACCUCGGUCAGUCCUUGCUCUCCACAUUGCUGGAGGACACAGUUUCCUAUGCGGUGAGGUGCCCUCAGGACCUUCGGCCUCAAGAGCGGUUCAGAAUCCAACCUUCUUUGCUCACAGAGCAAGAAUUUGAUGAUUGGCAUCUGGCCUUCUUCUUUGAUGCACGGCCAUAUGUGAGAGUCGAGUCGCAGAACAACAUGAUGCUGACGGGCUUCAUCUGCUUGGUGCUCUGCGUGGCGUCCCUUCAGUUUUCCAAGGACGCAAACGUUCUGGUAUUGCGCCCUGUGGAGCGCAUGAUCGAAAAGGUCAACCUGAUUCGCGACAACCCGCUCGCGGCCAUGAAGAUGGCAGACGAUGAGUUCAAGGGCGAAGAAAUUAAAAAGUUCAAGGCCAAUACCACAAGGGAGAAGCGAAGUAUCUGGCUGGAGAAGUACCACUUGUCUUGCUUGUCUCGAAUUCUCAACUGGUUCUCGACAGGAAGCACCUCUGGAGACGAUGCGAUGAUGGAGACCGCAGUGCUCGAGAAGACGAUUAUCAAGCUUGGCUCCCUGCUCGCACUGGGCUUUGGAGAGGCCGGCGCCAGCAUUGUGGCUGACAACAUGCAGGGCCUCGACUCCGCAGGCGUGAAUGCAAUGGUCCCGGGCAGUCGUGUGGAUUGCAUCAUCGGGUCAGCCUCCAUCCGCGACUUCAGCACGGCCACGGAGGUUCUGCAGGGCAAGGUCAUGACGUUCGUCAACCAGAUUGCGGAGAUCGUUCACGGCCUCGUUUGCGAGUUCCAUGGCGCUCCCAACAAGAACAGUGGUGAUCGCUUCCUCCUAAUCUGGCGACUUGGAGACGAAAAGCAGACGCGGCUCGCCGACAUGGCAGUGGUGUCAUGUGUCAGGAUUUUGGGCUGCACCCACAGCAACAAAACCUUGGCAGAAUACCGUGGGCAUCCUGGUCUUAUCCAAAGACUUGGAGCUCACUGCAGAGUGAACUUGAGCUUUGGUCUUCACCGCGGCUGGGCGAUCGAGGGCGCUGUCGGAAGCGAGUUCAAGAUUGAUGCGUCGUACCUUUCACCGAAUGUGAGCAUUGCAGAGAGUUUGGAACUCGCCACGAAGGUGUACCACGUCAGCAUUCUGGCUUCGCAAGACUGCAUUACGUCGUGCUCCAAGGCAUUAGCACGACAGUGCAGACUCAUAGACAAGGUCAACAUGAAGGGGUCCAAAACUCCUCUGAGCCUGUAUGUGUACGAUGUGGAGACUGACCGAGUUCCGGUGCAUGAGUACAGUACGGCGCUGGAGUGGAGUGUGCGGCAGCGCUUCAAAGCACGUCAGCUCUUCGAGGUGGAGAAGUCAAAGAAAUUGACGAGCGAAGUCAACGUUGUUGAAGACUUUAUCAACGCUAGCGUUGAUGUUAAAGCUAUGCGAAAGCUCUACACCACUGAGUUCCUGCAGCUCUUCAACAUGGGGUACCAGAACUACUCAGAGGGUGAAUGGCGUGUUGCCCGACGCCUGCUGAAGGCAACACAGGACAUGCUCGGUUUCCAGGACGGCCCCAGCACGGCUCUGUUAGCGUUCAUGGAGACACCUUACCAAUUCGAGGCUCCUCCCAAAUGGACGGGUGUUCGAGACGUCCCUCUGUGA